CAGUCUCCUCCCGGUCCCGCGCCGCAGCCCGCCGUGGACUUCCCUGGUGCAGACAUGGCCUCGGGCUCCGCCUGCACAGCGGUGAAGAUUGGAAUAAUUGGUGGAACAGGCUUGGAUGAUCCCGAAAUUUUAGAAGGAAGAACUGAAAAAUAUGUGGAGACUCCAUUUGGCAAGCCGUCUGACGCCUUAAUUUUGGGGAAGAUAAAGAAUGUUGACUGUGUACUUCUUGCGAGACAUGGCAGACAACACACCAUCAUGCCUUCAAAAGUCAACUACCAGGCGAACAUCUGGGCCUUGAAGGAAGAGGGCUGUACACAUGUCAUCGUGACCACAGCUUGCGGGUCCUUGAGAGAGGAGAUCCAGCCUGGUGACAUGGUCAUCAUCGAUCAGUUCAUUGACAGGACAUCCUUAAGGUCUCAGACCUUCUAUGAUGGAAGUCAUUGCAGUGCCAGAGGAGUGUGCCACAUCCCAAUGGCUGAACCGUUUUGCCCCAAAACAAGAGAGGUCCUCAUAGAAACAGCUAAGAAGCUUGGACUUCGGUGUCAUUCAAAGGGGACGAUAGUCACAAUUGAGGGGCCUCGUUUCAGCUCCCGAGCAGAAAGCUUUAUGUUCCGUACUUGGGGCGCGGAUGUUGUCAAUAUGACCACUGUUCCAGAGGUGGUGCUUGCUAAGGAGGCUGGAAUUUGUUAUGCAAGCAUUGCCAUGGCAACCGAUUACGAUUGUUGGAAGGAGCAUGAAGAAGCGGUGUCAGUGGAUGGGGUUUUAAAGACCAUGAAAGAAAAUGCCAAUAAAGCCAAAAGUUUACUCCUCACUACUAUACCUCAAAUAGGGUCGAUGGAAUGGUCAGAAACGCUCCGUAACCUAAAGAACAUGGCCCAGUCUUCCGUUUUACCACCAAGACAUUAAAACAGCAUGGCUGACGCAAGAAGACUCUGCUGCUAGUCUUUGGGGGAUUUUGCUUAAACACAAAUGGGAAAGAUCCGCAGCCUUCAUGCCUUUGCCUGGAAAGAGAGACACUGUUAGAGACACAACCAAAAUCCCGACUUCUCUGGAACCCAGAAGGAAAGCAGACAGCCUGCUGAAAUGUAAGGGAACCAAGCCAGCGAGCACAUCUGUCUCAUUUCUCCCGAUGAAACUGACAGCAAGGAAGACGGGUGAGAACAUCCACUUCCCUACACUGCUAAGGAGCCAAUACAAGCCCGAGAUGGGACCGUGUGUUUGUAAGCUGGCACCGUGUUUUCUGCGUAUUGGUGUUCUAGGAGUUUCUCUUGAAGAAGUUAUGGGAGAAUCACUCAAAGAAUCAUGUGUAAAGAAGGAUAUUACCUGUCUUAGUAAAAUAAUCAAAACUCUGAAAUAUCAAAAAAAUUAGGUGUGCUGUGUUUCCGUUACACCUAGGCUAUGGAGCAGUCAAGUCGUAUUCAUGUUUCCUCACAAAGAAAUGAUCAAUCUUUACCUCUACUUUUAUGUAUAAUCAAAUAAUAAAGUUGUAAAAGUUAAAAUGGACUUAGAGAACUCUGAGACUCCUUUGGUGGUGAAGCAAAGAUGACAAUAUUGUAAAUGUCCUAUGUAUGUGAUUCAAGAUAUAUAAGCCAAAUAACCCCCUUCCCCAAAUAAAGAAAUAAAGAAAA